AGACAUAGGAAAGAGAUGAUAAUGUUUUAUUAUCUCAAAAAUCCUGUGUGUUGCAAAUAAAUAGUAGACUGCUUUUUUGUCCAUAUAUUUCAAACAUUCAACAAACAUCUUUGAAGCAAUCAGCUCAAACGACCUGGGGGACUAUAGGAAAUAGCCUACAUUGCCUUCGAGUGACUUUUGUUACAUAUUUGACAUACGGAGUUUUAUCUCAAACAUGGACAGUGAGUUUUAGAUGAAACAGUGGUUGGUUUUGAGAAGGAUAUAUUUAUGUGGGCCAAGCUUUCUGGUCGUUUCCAACCUGGACAUUUUUAUUAUAAGCGAGUCACUUUUCGGGUGCACACUGGAACAUUCAGAGUUGUGCUCAUAUAGUCUCACCAGAAACUUGUAGACUGUUCUCCUGUUUGGUCUAAAUUUUUCUCAAAAAGAUCUGACUUUCUUGUAAACGUCGAGGAUAUUUUGGCUCAACCCUGCAUUUAAUUAGUUAUUGGUUAUGUUAGCCGUGGGGCAGAUGGACGGGUCCCGACAGAGCGCUUUUCUCCUGAGCACCCCUCCUUUAGCAGCGCUGCACAGCAUGACCGAGAUGAAGACCCAACUGUACCCAGCCUACCCACUCUCUUCAACGUCUUCUACCUCACCUACUGCCACCUCGCCAAAUCCCGGUGGCAUCCCGGUCUCCUCACCAGGGAUCAAAACCUCCGCAGGACUCUCCUCUCUCGGAUCACUCCAACAUUUCUCGAUCGCCACCCCUCACGGAAUAAAUGACAUCCUCAGUCGUCCUGCAGUUGUUUCCGCGGGAGCAGCAGCUGCAGUUGCGGCUUCCUCGUCUGCCGGAAUUUUGUCAGGGCUGCCCCGAUUUAGUAGCCUAAGUCCUCCGCCACCCCAUGGACUUUACUUCAGCCCAAGUGCUGCAGCAGUGGCAGUGGCCCGCUAUCCGAAACCGUUAACUGAUCUACCGGGCAGGACUCCGAUUUUUUGGCCAGGCGUCAUGCAAAGUCCACACUGGAGAGACGCCAGAUUCGCAUGUUCCCCCCACCAGAAUUCUGUUCUUCUUGACAAGGAUGGAAAAAGAAAACAUACACGUCCAACGUUCUCUGGACAGCAAAUCUUUGCUCUGGAAAAGACGUUUGAACAAACGAAAUAUCUUGCUGGUCCAGAAAGAGCACGGCUUGCCUAUUCGUUGGGAAUGACAGAAAGCCAAGUAAAGGUAUGGUUUCAAAACAGAAGAACCAAGUGGAGAAAAAGACAUGCGGCCGAGAUGGCAUCAGCGAAGAAGAAGCAGGAUUCAGAGACCGAGAGGCUGAAAGGGGCCUCGGAAAAUGAAGACGACGAUGAUGAUUAUAACAAACCCCUGGACCCCAAUUCAGAUGACGAGAAAAUAACACAGUUACUGAAAAAACACAAACCGAACUCCUCUCUCCUUGUUCAUACGUCAGAGAACGAAAGUUCUUAGGCAAGGGGAAAACAGACUACUGGUAGCCUACAAAAAGCAACGUGGAAUUUGUGCAAGAUGUGCCGUUUUUGGUCCAAAUGUUGAUAUGUUUGCACGGGGACGGAGGACUCUUACCAGGAAUAGAUGCAGUUUUAUAGCGUGGAACAGUGGCCAAAACAAAGACUGCAAUUUAUAGAAGUUUCAACAUUGAGAAGAUGGUACUUACAUGUAAAUAGAAACGUGAGUUGUAUUCAAUAGAAAUUAUAUUACUGUGAAUAAUUUAUGGGUAAAAAAAACCCUGUUUUUGUAUAGAAGCACUGCUGAGUUUCUUAGUUUGUUUGACAUCUGACCCAAAGCCCUGACAUUCAUUUGCAAAUGCAUA